AUGGCUAGCAGCAUUGUAUGGUCCCAAGGGGCACGGUCUUUCAUCGGGCAGAGGGUAUCCCGUUUUACCACGGGUAUUGCUAAGCACCAUUAUAAGUCAAUGCUUCGGCCCUGGAAGAGUAGGAAGCUCAGUCAAGAGAAUCUUAAUGAGGUAGUGUUGUUCAAUGUUUGGCCAGAAGAUUUCCCUUUCCCAACGGAGUGUUUUGAGAAACUAGACCUUACCCCAGACUCCGAGUUUUAUAAGGUGCCCAAGUUGGGCAUGCACGUCAGCGAGGGGGUAGCUAAUAAGUUGAAGAUGGAAUGUGAUAUAUGGAGGUACGCUAAGCUGUUGCCCAAGGACGGCAAUGCCCACCUGGAGUUAGGAGCAGGAGUCUAUAGCUAUUUCCCUGAUGAUUAUAGUCCAUCCACUGUGGUAGGGUAUGGUAUGAAUAGAGAUGAGAUGGAGAGGAAUAAGGUUCUCAACGAACGCCACAUCCAGGACUUGAAUAUCGAUACCCGGUUGCCGUAUGGUCCUGCUGUGUUUGACUGUGUUACCAUAGCAUUCAGCAUCCAGUACCUUACCCUUCCACACCUCGUCCUCUCCGAGGCGCAUCGGCUACUGCGUCCUGGAGGUAUACUCAUCAUCAGUUACACUGACCGUUGCUUUGAGACUAAGGUUACAGACCUUUGGUAUAGGUCAACGAUGCUACAGAGAUCCUUCCUGUGUCGUGCAUAUCUUCAUUAUGCUGCUGCAGGGCGUUGGAGUGAGAUCGGCGCUGGUGGAUCUUACUUGGAAAGUGAUGAGCCUCUUGUCGUCAUGUAUUGUGUAUGCCACCUCGUCGUCGGCAACCCCCCAGGAGGGCAGCAAAGAGAGCUGCUAGCAACCCUCCAGAGGGAGAUGGAGGAAGUACCUCCUACACGAGUAGAGGAGCCCGCCUCAUCAACAGGGGAAGCUCAUUCUUCAACGUCCUCCUCGGGGCCCCAAAGGGCACCUAGUGCGAAGGUACAGGAUACUGAUCAUACUCAUGAUGAGGCUAUCCAACCUCAUGUCAAUACUGAAGAUGAAGAUGAGGAUCUAACUCCUCUCCAAGUCGCUAAGGACAUCCUGUUAGAGCUCGAUAAGUGUCUGCAUGAGUCUGCUACACUGGCCAACGUCAAACGGCUGUAUAAGCUACGGCAUCAUCUUAAGAAUAUUCAAUGGGAACUAGCAGAGACUACUGACGUUGCGUAUGAUGCUGGCAAGGACCCACCUGCUCAGGAGCCUGCGAAUCAGGAGGAGAUAAUGGUAGUGAGGCAACUGUAUAAGAAACUAGAGAAGUGCAUCUGUGGGAGGAUUUUCCACAGGAAUGAUCACGGUAUAGCAUUUGUAGCUAGUGUAUUGACUAUGCACCCAGCCUUUAUCGUUGAUGCUUUUGCUGCUAUCAAAUUGUUCAUCCCACAACUACCUAGCUCUGUUCUCCUGGGUCUGUCAAAGGCCCUGUAUAGAGGUUGGAAGGAAUCCUCAGGAGCUAUGAAGAGGCAUAUAGAGCAGGCUAUACAGGCAUGGAUGGAUUAUUCACUUAAGGUUGAUCCUGUUUUAGCGAAGAAGGACAGACGGCCAACCGAACUCGAGAAUCUACUUGUGGAGCUUUACCAGCCUAUACUAUGGAAGCAGCUUACAGUCACCAACUGGAAGAUCCGCCUUAAUGCUAUAGCUACUCUUGGGGAUGCAUUCCCCAUAUGCAACUCAACCUCUCAUGCCGAUAUGGAGCGGACAAUGGACAUGCAAAUUCGAGCUUUAGUAAGCGGUAUGACGGACAAGCACGACCAAGUACGCCGUAUAGCAGUUACCAAGGUCUGUGAAUCUCUGGCCAUACAGUGGAGCGUCAUAUCGACAGAUUACCGCUCUGUGUUACUUUAUAACGUUAUUAAUAAAUGUGCUAAGGAUAAGAGGAGUGCAGCAGUGAGAAUGGCAGUAGUACAAGGGAUGAGGAGGAUAAUAAGAACCUGCGCCAUAUCUCAUCAAAUAAUGGGUCCAGUGUUACCCAAGAUCGGUGAGAUGAUAUACGAUCCCUCGCCUCAGGUUAGAUUAGAGUAUUGCAAGCUGCUGGGUGAUGUUCAGAACGUCGACGGUAUCAACAUCUCAGAAGUGGUAGAGGGUAAUCAAACACUAGCAAACCGUCUUGUGAUAGAGCACGCUUAUGCAAUGAGGAAGAAGGAGAAGUUUACUCAACAGAAUGUAAAGCAGGCUGAGCAGGAGAGGGAUGUACACACACAGAUAGCUUGUAGUCUAGGGGCAAUACUAGGCCAGAAUAUAUUCAGAGGCAUGGAUGUUAAGGCUCUCAAGCAAGUAGCCAAAGCUAACGUCAAUAUAUUCAUAGCGUUGAUGGCCAACUGUCGUGAGGCUGAAGGCGCUACACCUACUGCUAGGAUAAGGUUUGCGGCGGCCCUCUUCAAAUAUGGUAUGGAUAUCGUAACGAAGGAGGGUGAGCGUCAUGAGUCCCUUGUGGAGGCAGCUGCUAGGGACAAUGCGGUCAGGGCCAAAUUAAAUCAUGCUAGGAUACUUUUCAGAGGAGUUGUGGAACUUCUCAACGCUGAAGAUGUUCAUAAGAUACUACAUUUCGAGGUGACGGCCAAGACAGGAAGCCGACCUGCCAAGAGGGCUAAGCCUAAGAAGCGUUCUAGAACGCAGAGUGCUGAGGAGGAGGAUGAGGGAGAGGGAGCAGCGGAGGGGAUUAUACGGCAACGAGAUGACUUCUAUCAGAACUUCCUUACAGACUAUAACAUGACGAAACUAUUGGAACCAUCCCGAGGAUGCUUCAUUGAAGCUGUCGAGAUACUUCGGUUGCUGAGUCCAGGGGCAUACAGGCAUGUUAAGGAUAAAGUGGUACGGUUCGUGAAGUCCACAUCAUCUAAAUCUACGGAGAAGGUUGAGGUUGAUGAUGGAGAGGAUCAGAAUUACUAUUAUGGUAUGCUAAGGUUGGCCUCUGCAUGGGAUGUGUCGAAGGAUGCCAUAACCAACCUAGCUAAGCGUAUCUCAGCGUGCUCUACCAUCAUUAACAGCAAAGCUGACGUGAGGCGUCAGGUGGAGGUUGUCAAUAACAGCCUAAAGGCUCUCAAUGGCCCUCUGAGAGCUAUACUGGAUCUCAGGCUUCCAUCUGAGUAUCUCCUACCUCUACAGGACCCGGCUGUAGAGCUCAUACAAUCUUUGGUUGACCGCCUACCCUUUGGUCUUCCUAUUGAAGCCCAAGGCGACAUAUGCUCAGCCUUCUCCCUCGCCAUAUACACUCUUCUUAGCGUUCGUCUCCAAGGCCGCCCAUCCAGUAGUGGUGGUGGUGCGGCUGCUGCUGCUCCUGCUGAGUCCGAUAAAUUCCUAUUGGAUGUAUUCACUGAGCUGGGGGAUUGCUUUCGCAAUAUGAAACCCACCAUGCGGCGAGGAGUCAAGGCUGAGGACGUGGCUGAUGCCGCCCCCCUAGUCCAUGAGAUGGGACAUAGAUAUCUACGUCACCUCACUACAGCUGUCUUCCUUGGUGGCCUAUCUAGUGGUACUGCAGAGGCCAGAAUGUACGACAUUCAGAAGACUAUGUGGGAGUGGGUUAUCGCCAGUGGGUGGAACUCGAAGGUGCCUGUCUGGAAGACCGUGGCAGACUUACUCCAUCAGCUAGGCUUUACUGGUGUCGUGUCCACAUCUCUAGUCAUCAACACACUUCAAUUAAAUCUAUCCCAUGUAUCUACUCUGCACCCUCGAGAGGAUGAGGAGUCCUUCAUCGACAGGAUGGCUAAGGUGGCGGCUACCAAAUAUGGUUAUGAUACGCAAUUCAAAGAUUUCCUACGCAAAAGGGUCAUUUGUGAGGGAGAUGAUGAGGAAGAGUAUUCGGAGGAAGAGGCUUGCCAUGAAAGGGUGUGGGAGGCAUUCAAACGUGUAGCCCUUGGGCCCCCUGUCAACAAGGCGUUAGCCCAGCUUCUCAACAUAGAGGUGGAAGAGGCUCCGGCACAACAAGAGGACAACAAGGAGAAUGACCCAGAUAGGGUAGGAAUGCUACCAAAACAGGACAACCAUCCCGUGGAGGAGGAUCUUCGUCAUCGUCAUCCUCCUCCUCCUCUUCAAGUGCUCUUCUGAAGGGGUUCGUCCGCUCCGGCACUCCCAGUCCAGUGCCUGAUGGGACUGGUGAUGACGAUGAGAUGAGUGUUGCUUGAGAAGUAUUACAUCCUAUCAUCAUCAUCAUUGCAUCGAACG